UGUCAGUGGAACGGAAUUAUGAAGCUUCCUUCAUUCCGACUGUUUUUGGCAGUAAGUGGUGCAUUGACUGUUAGAGGCUGUGGGGAACAAUCUUUUUGAAUCUAAUAUCUAGUCUUUUUAACAACCUUUUUAAUACAUUGGGCUUAUGAAGCACUACUUUUUCCAUCAAGGUAUUUGAUGACACUUUUUUUUUUUUAAUAUAUAUUCAGUAUUCCAUUGAAUUGGAGACAGCAGAGGCACAAACAUGAAUAGUGGUGACUUUAUUGACACCAUAAUUUACAAUCACACACUCUGCAAUGGAUGGACCAACAGCACUGAAGGUGCCAUCUACCAUCUGGGUAACACCAUUCUUUUUUUGGGCUAUAUGGGUGGUAGUACAGCAUAUGGGGCUCUGUACAUCUUCAGUUUUUUGGCUCCCGCUUUCCUCUGUUUGGCUAUGUGGGGCUGGCUGACAGUGUGCGGCCUUGAUGUCUUCAUCUGGAACCUGCUGCUGAUGCUGCAGUGUUUGGCCCAGGUGUGUCAUCUGAUUUUUCGGCUGAUGCAGGAAGGUUUAGCCAACGAGGAGCUUUCUGCGCUUUACACGGCGGUCUAUCUGCCGCUGGAUGUACCUGUGCAGGUGUUCAAGGAGAUCACGGCUGCCAGCGAGAACAAAGUGCUUUCUCUAGCGACUGAGGAGACGUAUGCUGUGGAGGGGAAGACGCCCAUUGAUCAGCUGUCUUUUCUCAUUUCUGGCAGGAUUAGAGUGUCCUUAGAAGGUCAGUUUCUCCAUUACAUCUUUCCUCACCAAUUUCUUGACUCUCCUGAAUGGGAGUCUCUAAGACCAACAGAGGAGGGCAACUUCCAGGUGACACUAACCGCAGAGACUGACUGCCGUUACAUCUCUUGGCGCAGACGUCGGCUUUACCUUCUGCUGUCUAAGGAUCGUUACAUUGCUCGACUUUUCUCUGUCAUGCUCGGAAGUGAUAUUGCUGACAAACUGUAUUCUCUCAAUGAUAAACUGUUUGCCAAGAGCGGUGUGCGCCUUGAUAUUCGUCUGCCCAGUCUCUACCACGUCCUCGCCCCCUCGUCACAGGGCAGUGAGGGUGGCAGCACUAGCUCACCGCCCAGGGGAAGCCAAGGAGAUCCUACAGUCGUGAAGGUUGAUCCAGCACCGUCUAACCAGCGCUCAGAUGGAAGAAACUUCCAUCCGGACCAGGGAAAGACCCCUGUGCCCAAACCUCCACACCAGCUCUGGCCCUCAGACACAGAGAUGCCCUCUGGUGAGGACUCAACCAGCUUGGUUCUGGACGACUUUGCUGAUAUGACAGGCUCUCUAAUGGAUUACGGGAGUGAGAGGGAAUAUUUGAAGUAAAGAUUGGGGUUUUGAAGCAUAACACACUGGAACACUUCUUAAAUCACAAUGUAAGUACACAAGUAAGGAUUGACGGGUGGGUCGGUAUAGACGGGGCUGGUUUGCAUGAAGAGGCACAACUGCACUAACUGGACUUUUGAGCUGCACAAACACUGAGUGAUUAAGAGAAUGCAGAGUGAUGAAUGUGCAUGAUGAAUUGUUAUAUUUUGUGCUCUUUUUAGACCUGGAUUAUAUUUAUGUCUUUAGUGUCAUCUGCUGAAUUCAUAUGGAAGGAAGGCCCAUAGUUCAUUCAUAUAUAGUGAUUAUUAUAUUACAUUGAAAAUUGAAAGACGUCUUCAAAGGUUAAAAAGUUAAUGGUUUUUCCUUUAAAAUUUAUUUAUCUUAUUAUUAUAUUGAUAA